CCCAGUAAUGGUGGAAGAUAUUGCGUGGGGCAGAGGGAACGUUACCGACCGUGCAAUAUACAAGAUUGCCCAUGGGACACUCUUGGCUUUCGGGAAGUGCAGUGCUCUGAGUUUAAUAAUCAAGACGUCGGUAUCCACGGAGUUCCCGCAAAUACUCGCUGGUUACCUAAAUAUGCGGGAGUCAGUGACAACGAAAGAUGUAAAUUGUACUGUCGUGUGAGCGGAUCUGCUGCAUUUUACUUGUUAAAAGACAAAGUUCUGGACGGCACUCCGUGCGAUCGGCAUGGCGAUGAUAUGUGCAUCGAUGGCACCUGCCAUAAGGCUGGCUGUGAUCAUCGAUUGGGUUCCGAAAUGAAGCGUGAUAAAUGCGGAAUCUGUGGCGGUGACGGAAGCACAUGCCGGGUGGUAGCAGGUAGCUAUAACGAGCGAGGAUCGUUUGGUUACAACGAAGUCUUGAAAAUACCAGCUGGCUCAGCCAAUAUAGAAAUAACGCAACGCGGUUAUCGUAAUCAGAAAGACGACGAUAAUUAUCUUGGUAAUUUAUUAAGCUAUCUGUGUUAUCGGCGACCACCCGACAGUAAUUUUUUUUUGCCUGCCAUUUUAUAUUCCGUAGAAUUUGUUACAAACUUGGUUCAUCACCUAUCUUCCUCAGCCCCAAGCUCCUCCGACCCAGAAGUUGCAACGAAGACCGAGCUGGCUUGA